AUGGCUCCUCAAGUCUACAGAGCCAAGGGAGCUAAAAAUUUGCCAGUAAAUAUCGGCAGAGGGCCUGGACUCACGACCACAACGUUUGUUGAACCGCUGGGCGGCGGAGCACCCGUUGAAAUAUCCGGAGACGGUGGCGGUGAUGACAGCGUCGGAGGCAGAGGACUUGGGUUAGUAGUGGGCGGAGUUGCUGGGAUUGGAGGCGUUGGACUAGGCGGGCUGGGUGGUGGAACUGAGCUAGGGUCAGGGGUAGGAUUUGGGUUCGGAGGGCUAGGUGGUGUUUGGCUGAUGUCAGGGCUAGGCGGGCUUGGCUGGGUGGAGGUUGCAGGACUGGGUAGGCUGGAGCUAGGGUUGGGGAAGAUAGUUGGUGGAGAAUGGCAAUAG